AUGUCCGAAAUAACCCUAAUUUCUAAACAUACCUCCAGUCCACCACUUACCAAAAUCGCCCGUCUUCACUCUUCACUGCACUACUACACACAGACUUUCAAAUCGCCGUCGGUUUCUCCCCUCCUCAAAAUCGCCCGUCGGUCUCCCUACCCCGAAUCGUCCCGUCGGUCUUCCUUCUCCAAAUCCUCCGCCGUCCACAAUCUACCACCGUCGCUCCUCCUCUGCCCUAAAUCUCCCAAAUCCAAAUCAUCUUCUCCGAAAAAAAUCGUCCCCAGAAGGUGUGUCUGUGACUCCUUCUCGCCGUUCCCGGUCAAGGAACUCCUUGUCGCCGGUCGUCGAACCGUCGGUCGAGGGCACCGUCUUCGUCUCCCUCCCAAAAUCUCAGUCAUCUUAAAUCAAGUUAAUGAGCGCCGCCUCUCCCAAAUCCCUCUCUCGAUCCGCCAAUUCCCGCCGAGUAGAUCCCGCAAGAUUUUUCCGGUGCUUUUGAAGAGCCACUUGCCGACGCCCACGAAGUUCGGCAAUCUCGAGUCCACCCACCGGAGACACCUGACCCAGAAAAGCAGGCGCUUCGUGUUUACGAUUGAAGAGACCCGAAAAGAGAUGAUGUGGGCACGGGGCAGAAAUACGGUCACUCAUUUGGAGGCCGCCACGAAAUUCUCAAGAUUCCGAUGGCUUUUUCUAUCAUGCUCGUAUUCCGACAUAUCUUGCAAGAAAACAAAGGCGCCAUUACAAGAGCGUAGGAUGAUUGAUCGAUUCAGGCUAUGGGCUAAGGGUGGUGAUGGAGGCAAUGGUUGUACCAGCUUCCGAAGAAGCCGUCACGUUCGACGAGGCAAACCUGAUGGUGGGAACGGUGGAAGAGGUGGUGACGUGAUUCUUGAAUGUUCUCCGUCAGUUUGGGACUUCCGCGGUCUGCAACACCAUGUUAAUGCAAAGAGAGGAGGGCAUGGGGCUUCAAAAAAUAUGAUAGGAACCCGAGGACCUGAUAAGGUUGUUUUGGUUCCUGUUGGCACUGUGAUUCAUCUUUUAGAAGGUGUAAUCCCCUCCUCCUCGGUCGAGAAGAAACCUUCCGGAACAUUGGAUCCUUGGGAAAUCCCUGGUUCACUUUAUUCAAACUCAUCGGAUAAUUUCCAACAAUCUCCGACAGAGAGCAUCUCAAAAAGGCCGAAGGCGGACAAUUCUCACCAGAAUUCAUCUCGUUUGAGCAGAAGAACUCCAAAGGAGCCACCUUUUGCCUCACGUUCUCAAGUUUCUCCUCGAUUUUCAACUUAUAAACCCCAAACCGAACCCGGACCUGAUUGGCAGCCACCCGAGCCACAUGGGUACAGUGUGUGGGAGGAUACGGAUAACGAAGCAAACAUUUCUGAGACGAAUUUCGAAGAAUUUUCUGAAGAAACCGAACAAGCACAAUACGACGUGUCCGAGCUCAUAAAGCCAGGCGAGCGGAUAACCGUGGCCCGAGGAGGUGACGGUGGCUUGGGCAAUAUGCACUUCACAAAAGGCUCCAAGGCAGAUGAUGACGACAAUGACUUGGGCCACCAAUCUCCCGAUAACAAUGAAGCCCGAGUUGAGCCCAACAUAGGUCAGCCCGGCUCCGAAGCCGUCCUUUUGUUGGAAUUAAAGAGCAUUGCCGAUGUGGGCCUUGUGGGAAUGCCCAAUGCCGGAAAAAGCACCCUUCUUGGGGCCAUGUCGCGGGCCAAGCCCGUGAUCGGCCAUUACGCUUUCACCACUCUGAGGCCCAACUUGGGAAAGAUGAACUACGACGACCUGUCCAUAACGGUAGCCGAUAUACCGGGCCUCAUAAGUGGGGCCCACGAGAAUCGCGGGCUCGGGCACGCUUUUUUGCGCCACAUAGAGCGGACGAAAGUGCUGGCGUACGUGCUGGAUUUGUCGGCCGGGUUGGAUGGGAGGAAAGGUGAGCCCCCGUGGGUGCAGCUGAGGGACCUGAUGAUGGAGCUGGAGUUCUACAGGGAGGGGCUUUCGGCCCGGCCCGCAUUGGUGGUGGCGAACAAGAUCGACGAGGAGGGGGCCGAGAGGGUGUACGAGGAGCUGAGGGAGAGGGUUCGUGGGGCUGCCAUUUUCCCGGUUUGUGCAGUCCUGGAGGAAGGGGUGCCAGAGCUAAGGGAGGGCCUCAGGAGGCUUGUGAAUGGGGAGGAGGAGGCGUCGAGGAUAGAUUUAGGUAGUAUUGUGGUUGAUUAG